UCGGGGAAGAAAAGCAUCCUCUUCAGCAGCCUCACCUCGCCAUAGCAACCGGGACGUCAGCGCCGGCGGCCACAGCCCGCAGCCGGCCGAGGGGCUGCAGUGCCCCCAGAGCUGACCCUCCCGGCCCCGCUGGGGCCUUGCUGCAGGCCGGGCCGCGGCGGCAGCGCCGGCAGGACCCCGGGCGGUGCCGGGCGUGGGCAGCGGCGAGCCUGCCCCGUCGGGGCUGCGGGGCGGGGGCGAAGGAAGAGGCCACGCCGCUGUCCGUGGUGCUGACAGUCCCCGACGGGGCCGAGGGAGGAGGAGGAGGAGGACCCGGGGCGCAGGGGUCCGGGGAAGGGACUGGCACCUGAUCCGCAUGCCACAUGACACGGAAAGAAAGGGGUGGCAGCAGCCUGCCCUGCGGAACGUCAUUUUUUCCUUCCGUCAAAGAAGAGGGGCAGAAUACCCACCCCCCUCCUCCUCGCCCGGGUUCACAAGUACCCGGACAGAGGCUGCUGCAGAUGGGAACGCAUUCCGUGGUUUCCACCUUCCCGUAGGCGCCUUCAGCUGGGACAAUAAACGGAGAAAGGACGGGAACGACGCCUCCGGGAUUAUGCUUUGGAGCAGCCUGAGCAAAAGACUUGGUCAUGUCUGCCGAUAGCAUGGACAACAGCAGUGGUCUUUUCAUUCUCCCCACCCUACCACUCCCGAUGCAGAAUGAGAGCUACCCUGAACCCUCCAUCCCUCCUGCUGGCUACAGCACGAUGGAGUCGCCCUCAGGAGCCAGUUCCAGCAGGAACCACACCGUUCUGCAGUCUGCACUGUGGCCAGGGGAAAUUGCAGCAGCCAGCGUGGUUCUGGGAGCACUGUGGCUGGUUUCUUUCUUUGGAAACUCACUGGUGUGCUUAGUGAUCCACAGGAGCAGGAGGACCCAAUCCACCACCAACUAUUUUGUCAUCUCCAUGGCUUGUGCAGACCUGCUCAUCACUGUGGCAAGCAUGCCCUUCGUGCUGCUGCAGUUUGCCUAUGGCAGGUGGGUGCUGGGCACUGUGAUGUGCAAGCUGGUCAGGUACAUUCAGUACCUCACCCCUGGGGUCCAGAUAGGUGUGCUCCUCUCCAUAUGCGUGGAUCGCUUCUACACCAUCGUCUACCCCCUGAGCUUCAAAGUGUCCAGGGAGAAAGCCAAGAAAAUGAUCCUGGCCUCUUGGCUCUUUGAGGCUCUGUUUGCAUCUCCAACUUUCUUCUUCUAUGGCUCCAAUGGCAAUGGCCACUGCAACUUCUUCCUCCCUGCUUCUUGGGAAGGAGCCCUCUAUGGUGUCAUCCACCUCCUGGUGGUGUUUUUGAUCCCAUCACUCCUCAUUAUCCUCUUCUACCAGAAGGUCAUCAAGCACAUUUGGAGAAUAGGCACGGAUGGCAGGACUGUCAGGAGGACGAUGAAUAUUGUCCCAAGAACAAAAGUGAAAACCAUCAAGAUGUUCUUGAUGUUAAAUGCAGUGUUUCUCCUCUCCUGGCUCCCUUUUUACGUGGUGCAGCUGUGCCACCCACAGGAAACAGAGUACAGAAAGAGCAACUUGGUUUUCCUGGCAAUCACCUGGACCUCCUUCAGCUCUUCAGCCUCUAAGCCAACCCUCUACUCCAUGUAUAAUGCCAACUUCAGAAGAGGAAUGAAAGAAACCUUUUGCAUGUCUGCCAUGAAAUGCUACAGGAGCAAUGCAUACACCAUCACCUCCAGCUCCAGGAUAGCCAAAACAAACCAUGUUGGGAUUGCAGAUAUCCCAGCUCCAGCCAAAACUGUCACCAAGGACUCAAUCUACGAAGCUUUUAACAGGGAGGCAAAGGAAAAAAAGCUUGCCUGGCCUAUUCAGUCCAACCCCCCAAAUACAUUUGUCUAGCUGGCUCCAGUGCUCUCAAAAAAAGUUGCUGUGUAUCCCCAAAACAAGGAGCUGUUCCUCAGUUUUGAACUCACUUAGGGUUACACAUUUUUAACACAGCUUUUAGGGAUGGGGAAAAAAAAAAAGAUAUGGUUUAUUUUAUUAAAUGCCUUGAUUUUGA